CUCAACAUCUAGGUGCGUUUCCACUUUUUUUUCUUCUUGUUUAAAUCAGAUGCCUCGUUAGUACAUUUCAUUUUAGCAAUGAAGAAGCGUUUGAUCCAAAUAUUUGGUUUCUUGAUCUCAUCGUUGGGAUGGCUGUUUGUGCUAUGCACCAUGGCAAUGAACUACUGGAGAACCAGCCAAAUUGGAGGGAAAGGUGGUUCUUCAGUUAUCAAGGUGGCCUGGUACUGGUCCAACCUGUGGAAGGACUGCUACACGGACUCCACGGCCGUCACCAACUGCAGAGACUACGGGGUCCUCUGGAAUGUCCUCUAUUAUGUCCAGGCGGUGAGAGGGUUGCUGAUAUGCGGGCUAACCAUCGGGUUCUUCGCCGUCACCUGCUGCUUCAUCGGGAUGGAGUGCACGUACAUCGGAGGAGCCGAACAAACCAAAGACAAGCUUGUUGUGUCGGGAGCAGUGUUUCAUUUCAUUGGCGGUGUGUCCAAUCUGGCUGCCUACUGCUUAUACAUCAACAGGGUUGUUAAAACAGCUUUUGUCAGGAACCCGGCACCAGGAACCCUAAGAUAUGACUUGGGACCUCCCAUAUUUCUGGGCUUGGUGGGAUGCUUUCUAAUCAUGUUUGGUGCUGUGCUUUAUGCUGUGACAGUAUUCAGAGUAGUCUACCCUGAAAGAAAAGUGGUUCAGGCCUACAGCGAAAGGAUAUACAUGCCCACUACGUCCAGAAGCAAAAGCCUCUACACCAGAUACUACGAUCCCUCCAGACUUUAUGGAACUUAUAUAGGAUCGGGACAAUCAAACGGCAACAUCUCAAGGCUCUCUCAGGCGACAACAAGAGUGUCGGAAAAAGAUGCAUUUGUGUAGCAUCCAACCUUCUCUGUACGUGAAGCUCUUUGAACAAACUUAAGCGUAAGAUGGCAAAAAAUGGUGCAUAUAAUAACUUCAAAACAAAUAAAAUGUUGAAAAAUAA